AUGACAGGCUCCCACAUGUGGGAGGCUAAUAGUCUGCGACCCUCUCAGCCGCCUGCGGGGCGGGGGCGUCUUGGGAACCAGAGGGAGGGCUGGCUCAUGGGGGAGGGGGAGGGGCGCCAGGCCGGUCCCACCGGCGGCGGCCGGGCCAGCAGCAGCGCAGGGCUGGGGAGCCUGAGGCAGCGGCCUGGCCUUGACUGGGGCUGCCCCUCGGCCCCCUCUGGCUCUGUGCCCACUGGGAAAAUAGCCGCUUUAUCUCGGCCACCUCCCGAACUGCAAACAGCCACGUGUCCCUUGGGGGCCACUCUUGGCACACAUGCCCUCUGCCCCACGUCCCAGGCCAACUCAUCCCAUCUGGGCCCCAGAAACCUCUUGGAAAGAGACAGUAACCUCAGGGGGGCAAAAACUGUAAAGCAGAGCCCCCAGCAGGCCGGCACGGCAGUGCGGCAGCAGGGGACGUGGAGGGGGGUGCGCCCCGGCAGGCCCCGGGAGCAGGCGCCAUACAUCGGACGUCCGGCCUGUUCCCGAUGCCAGGCCUCAGCCUCUGGGCCUUUCUGGGGUCCCUACAGCCUGGCAGAACCUCCCAUCAACUUCCGAGAGACGGCGGGCUGGCGGGGCUUGGCCGUAGGGAGCAGACCAGCCUCCCCGACCCCAGAGGGGGCCCCGGAGGUGCCACUUCCAGGGAUGUCACGAGGCUGGGUGGGCCGGGUGUCACCAUGGCGGAUCUCGCUGCCCUCCCCUCUGACCAAUGGCCCACAGUCCCAGGAUGGGUGCCUCUCCCAGAGGGAGGAGGAGGUGGAGGCCAGGCCCGUGGAGUGGGUGCAGGAGCAGGCGGUGCCGGGAUGCCUUGGGGGGCCUUGGCCCCCAGACCCCAGAACAGUGGGCCAGUGUGUGGCCGUGUGUGGGGCGUGGGGUGGAGGCCUGGGCGGCCCUGCCCAGGCCUCCCGGCGUUCCAAGUGCUCCCAGUGGCCCGCGUGCUGCCAGCAGCCCCCCGGCACACAGCUCGCCCAGGCCUGGGACCGGCCCCCAGGCGACUCGAUGUCCCCAAGGUCCCCGUCAGCGCUGGUGGCCGUCCUGUUCCUGGCAUGCCAACCAUCCAACCCCCUCCUUCUAUUCCUUGUCCCAGGGCACGUUCUUCCCAUCUCGGCCGUCCUUCCCUUCCUCCCCCGCCCUCCGGGGGCCUCUUCCUACCCGGCUCAGGCUCUGCGCCCGCAGCGGCCUCCCGGCCCCCAGGACGGGCCCCACCAGGCCCGGGCACGUGGCGGCAUUGGGCAGGAGCGGGACGGGCCCCACGCUUGGCGCCGUGAUUGUUUGCUGGUCCGGCCCCAGGCCCGCGCAGCUCCCCACAGCCCAGGCUGCCCGCCUGUGUCCGGCCAGGUGUUCGGAAACGGCUCGGGCGGGGGGGCCGCCGAGGAGUGGGCCCCUUCCCAGCAAGCCGGCCUGCAGGUGGGCUUCCAGGAAGGGGCCCGCUGGUCCCCCUCACCCCUGGCCAAGGGCCAGCCGUGUCACCAGGUGCAGGCUGGGAGAGUUUUUUCUGUCGCCAUUCAGGGCUACAGGGAGGGCCGGACCCCAUCCCUCCACAAUCCCUGCCUGAAGGUGGGCCACGAGGUCAUUAAAUCCGGGCCCAGAUCGAACCCACACAUGCAACCAGGGCCACACAAAAGCCAGCAGUCCCCGCAGAGCACCCCCAAACAGGACAGGGCCCCCAUCCAUGCCUUCAGCACGGCCGGCAGGGAAGUCGGGCUGGGCCAAAGGCUGGCCACACCCACCCAGAGCCCUCCAGGUGGGUCCCCUCCUGGUCGCUGCCCAGGGAACCGGCCCUGGAAGCAGAGCAGGGUGGACACUGCCGUGGGCACGUGGAGGGGCAGGCGGGCGGGCACAGCCCGCGUCAGGCAGGGGCCCGAGGGCCUUGGACACCUACCCCAGGUGGAUGUGGCGAGGAGCCCCUACCCUGGCCUAAUGCCAAUCCAGAAGCACCCACUUCCCCACGUCAACCUCGGGUUUCCAGGUGGAAGCCCAGAGCAGGAGUGCAGGUGUGACCAGGAGGGGCUGCAGCCCCCGAGGACCUGGCCCCACUGCCUUCGGAAGCCCCACUCCCCUGGAAACACCAACCACGAACACAGGCGGGGGCUGCACUUGCACCCCGGGCGCAAACCCCAGGCCAGACGCCAGCAGGACAUGGCCCUGGGCCUUCAGCAGCAAGAUUCCCAUCCCGGCCGUGGGCCCCCUCUCCCCUCUGCCCCCACCCCUUUCUACCCCUCCCCGCUGUCGCCUGCCUACCCCCCGCCCUGUGAUCCUUCCCCACCCAUCGCCCCUUCCCAUGCAUUACCCGCCACGCCACCCUUUGUGUCCGUCCCCUCGUGGCCCAUAUGCCUUUUCAUGUUCCCCAUCCCAGGCCCCACCCCAGCCCCUUGUCCCCCCCAGCCCACGGCGCACCCCCCUCAGACAGAGAUGGAUGAGAGGGGGGCGCUGGGGGGGACGCAGGCCGAGGAGGCCGGGCCACUCAGCAGCUCACUCACUCGCUGA